CCGGGGGGGGGGGGGAGAGGAGAAUGCAUUUCCGACACAGCAUCCAGUUAUGCCUCUAACUUUUUCCUUUUUUUUUUGGCUCCCUUUCUCUCUCCCUCUCCCUCUCCCUGGGCCGUGUGGGAUUUCACUUCCAUGCACAACACGAUGGGAAGAAAGCGCUUUGCUGAAGGCAGAGCCGCGGGUGACCAGGGCCGCAGCCGGAGGCGCCGCUCCUAACCUGCCAGCCUGACGGCUUCUGGCUCCGCGCUCCGGCCCCCGCCGCGUCCCCCCGGCCCUCCCAUUUGCCCUCCCCCGCCCCCUUCUCCCCCCCCCCCGCCCGCCCCAACCUCCCCUUCACCGCUGCCGCUGCUGCUGCUGCAGCCCUUUCCGUCCUGACACGGGGGGGGGAGUGGAGUCAAUCCCUGGCUGCGAGUCCGGUGGCGGAUCUCGGGGAGGCAACCCGGGCCCGAUGGAUGGGCGGAAGGGAGGCUUUUCUGGCGAAUGUCGGCGGUUGGAUUCCAGCCCUCGGUGAGGCGCAGCCGAGAGGGAGGCGGACGGAGAGGAUCUAAUCUGCGGGCACUCCACUCUGGAAGAACAAGAAAGGGGAAAGAGAGAGAGAGAGAGAGAAAGCGCAAAAGAAGCGGAAGGGAAGAGAAGCGAAGAGAAGAGGACGCCUCUUUGCAGAUAACAAGGCCUGGCCAUGCAGUCCUUUCGGGAAAGGUGUGGUUUCCAUGGCAACCAGCAGAACUACCAGCCGACUCCUUCACAAGAUUCAUCACGCCUGGAGAAUUACAGGCAUCAAAGCCAGGCUGGGCCACACUGUGAACGACAGAGGCUCGUGGCAAAGGAGUACUACAGUCAGCAGCCGCAGCUGCCAUACCAAGGGUACAGCGAGAACAGUGCCGUGGAGAAAUAUCACCGGGGAAAUAAGCAAUUACGGGGCCAACAGCUGCAAGGCAGGCCAGCGUCCUUCCCAAAUUACCCUGUCCAAGAAAACAGUCCCUACCCGGCCCGUUAUUCUGGGGAGGAGAGCCUGCAGGCCUGGGGGUCACAGCAGCCGCAGCCACAGCCACAGCCGCCUCCCCAACCUUUACCGGGAGGAGUGGCUAAAUAUGAGGAAAACUUGAUGAAAAAGACAGCUGCCCCCUUGGGUUCAAGGGCGUACCACGAGCAAGCUCCUCAGCUUCCAUUCCGAACUCACUCCUUGCACCUCCAGCAGCAGCAGCAGCAGCAGCAGUCUACCUUGACGUAUCCCAAGCUCCAGAGGCAGAAGAUCCAGAAUGAUGUCUCCUCGCCCAUGCCAUUCCCACAGGGCACCCACUUUGCCCAGCAUUCCCAGUCCUUCCCAGCCUCCUCGACAUACUCGUCGGUGCAAAGUGGGACCCCAGCCACUCAUUCCUACAAGAGCUGCAAUGCUCCCUCCGCACCGUCACACGAAAGGACUCUUGGAAAUGCUGCGAACUUGCCCUCUGGGCAAAGGGUCCAGAGCCUGCAUGGCUACCAGCAAAACCGCAUUGGCUAUGACCAACAGCAGCAGCAGCAGCAGCAGCAGCAGCAGCAGCAACAGCAGCAGCAAUCCCUGCAAGGACGGCACCACGGCCAGGAAUCUCUUCACUACCAAAACCUCGCCAAGUACCAACAUUAUAACCAGCCGGGACAGAGCUACUGCCAAGCUGAUGCUCCAGUGAGGACACCAGACCAGUAUUACCAAACCUUCAGCCCCAGUUCCAGCCAUUCCCCAGCUCGCUCCGUGGGUCGGUCCCCAUCCUACAGUUCUACCCCCUCCCCAUUGAUGCCUAACCUGGAGAACUUCCCAUACAGCCAGCAGUCUCUGAGCACGGGGGCAUUCCCGGCGAGCCUUGCUGACCACAGCCACUUCAUGCCUUUGCUCAACCCUUCACCGACCGAUGGGGCGAGCCCAGACGCUCAGCCACCUGGAAACUGCAAGAACUUGCCGAAGGAAAAGAUCCCUGAGAACCUCCUGUCGGACCUGAGUCUACAAAGCCUGAGCGCGCUAACCUCUCAAGUCGAGAACAUUUCCAACACUGUCCAGCAGCUUCUCCUCUCCAAAUCCACAGGGAUGCCCCAGAAGAAGGGCAUCAAAAACUCACCAAGGACACCGGAACAACUCAAGGGUCAGCACUGCAGCCCCGAAGGGAACAAUUUCUCCGCUGAGCAGGCAGGAACGCCACUUUCGGACCCCCUCAGCACCCCACAGUCGGUCCACGCUGAAGCCCAGGAUGGCGAGUACCUGAGCGGGUCUGAAGACCAGCUGGAGAGGAGCUUCCUCUACUGCAAUCAAAGCCGCAGCCCAGCCCGGGUCAACAGCAACUCCAAGGCAAAGCCCGAGUCUGUUUCCACAUGCUCAGUAACCUCUCCAGAUGACAUGUCAACCAAGUCAGACGAUUCCUUCCAAAGCAUCCACACCAGCUUGCCACUUGAGACUUUUACCAAGUUUGUGGCUACCGAGAGGGAUUGCCCCAGACUGCUCCUUGGCACCCUUUCUCAAGAGGAGCUUGCCUCUGAAAUCAUCGGUUUACAGGAUGCCAUUAAUGAGAAAGCAGACAAAGGCUGGGCCAAUUCCCCCACCCCAAUCAAAGACCCUGACAAAUCCCCCUUCCACUUAGAGAAUCACAGGACCUGCCUCGAUUCCAUGGUCAGAAGCCCCUGGUCCAACCAGGGGGACUCCAGCACCCUUGCAGACCCCCUGAAAUUAGACAAAGCCCUGGGAGGAAAUAAUGGAAAGGGUUUCACUGAGGAGGUUUACGACAACGCCCAGGUGGUGUUUACAACGGCAGAGACCAAGAAUUCCCUGAAAACAACCAGCUCUGUAGGCUACAACUCCAAACCCAACGUCUCGGUGGCCACCUCCAGUUCCGAGACCACGAGUUUCAGCUGCUAUUCCAAUGCCACUGCCAAUUCGGUGGGCUCCGAGAAUGCCAUGGAGAAUUUUGACUGGCCGGAUGAAAACCUCAGCGACACAUGGAAAGAGCUCGGCUCAAGUCUGCAAGCAGCAGACCUUUCCAAGAGUUUGUUCUCCGGUAAACUUAGCGAGACGUGCGAGGAGAAAAAAAAUACCUGCGGCCUGAGCCUUUGCGAGAGUGAGCAGCCAGCUGAACCUGAGCAAACAGAGGGUUUUGGCCAGGACCAGGCAAACAAGGGAGAGAACUUAACGUACGAUGAGACAACCAGAGCGGACAGUGAACGUUGGCUGGAGGACACCACCAGGCAGUCCUGUUCGGGAGGAGACUUCAGCGAACUCCCCAUGAUGUCCUCUCCAGACCUUAAAGAAUCUGAUUUGGAACCAGAAGAAUAUUCCUCUUUGUGUGAACUCGCCGGUUCAGAGCAAAAGUCACUGACCUAUGAUGCAUUCACUCCCAAGCCAGCAGAGAACGCUCCAAUGCUUUCCCUUCAAGACACCCCAGGUUCAGCAGAAGAAAUGGCAAACACACUCGAGAAAGAGAACACAGCUCCUUCUUCUCAUUUAUCCGAUCCCUCCGCUAUCCUCUUAGGCCCUGCAGUUGGCACAGAGACAAAGGUGAAGAGUUGGUUUGAGUCUUCCUUGCAUCACUUGAAGCCUGAGGAAGAGGCAGCUGGUGGUGAGAGCACCCUUCCCAAUAAGCCAGAGACUCCAGCAGCCUUGCCAGUGAAGAAACCAGCCCAGCCAGAACAGGCGCCAAUAAUAUCAGAACCAACUUCCAGGGGCAAAAGUCUUCGUAGCAAGAAAGUCCACUGCAGGCUGUCAGGAGGAGAAGAAUCCAUUAAACCCAUAUCCAGCCCAUGCACGGGCAUCCAGGCAGUUGGGAUGGUGGCCAACACAUGCGCAGGGCCCAACAGCCUGAUUGAAAUGCCAGGUAAAGACACUCAUGGCCAAACUCCCCGGUUUCCAGCAGAAGGCUUGCGGGCAAGGAUGUGCACCCGCUCUUUGACUGCAUUGACUGAGCCCAGGAUGCCAGACCCUCUCGAAGGCUCCAAGGCCUCAUCUCCCCAGGAGAAGUUGGGCAAGAAGCCGGCUUGUGUACUGAAACAGAGAGUUGCCUUCAAAGCAAGAAAGGCUAAUGGGAAGCCUUCUCCAAAGCCCAGCGACCCAGCUCCUCUGCUGGCCCCCAGUCUGGUGCAGAACGAAGACGCUACAGCUCAGAAGGCCAAAGAAGCCAAUUCCCAAGAGAUGGAGGCAGAAGAUCGACAGUCGAUGAUCCUCCGAUCCAGGACACGAACCCAGGAGGUCUUCUACACGAAGCGGAGAAGAGAGAAGAGUGUGGUGGAUGCCGCGCUCAAGAACGGCAAGCCACCCAGAAAGCUCCUUCCAAACAACCACCCACCUGGGACCUUCAAGAUCAGCCCCCAAAGCCGGCCUGACAGUGAGAGCAAGCUGGGCAAACGAGUGAAGCUCCCCAGAGUCAGGCCCGGAAUGGGAAGCAAGCUGGCCGAGAGGCCGCUGCACCCCCUGAAGAGGAAGCCUGCCUACAUUCCCCCCGUCGUCCCGGCGAAAAAGAGGAACUUGGUUUUGAGGAGCAGCUCUCACGGCGGCCACGUGAAGACAGAUGAGAAGACAGAUGCCUCCCCUGGCUUGUUCAAGAGGCUGCCGCCGGCCAAAAAGGCCAAAGGGAAGCCAUCUCCCAAGAGCCCCUGCGAAGCGCUGCUCAAGUCACCCCAGGCGAAAGAAAACCCCAGUGUCUGCAUAAAAAUCACCUCCAGGGCUGCCUUCCAGGGGGCCAUGAAGACAAAAGUGCUGCCCCCACGGAAAGGAAGAGGCCUGAAGCUAGAGGCAAUCGUCCAGAAGAUCACAUCUCCCAGUCUGAAAAAGUUUGCUUGCAAAAGCACCGCGGCAGCGGCGGUGGCGGCCUCCUCUGCUGUCCCUGUUGCUGCCGCUGCUGCCUCGCACAGUAAUCCUCUGAGCCCUUCCCUACCAGAGAGGGAGCAGGCCUCAAAGAAUGCGAGGAGCGCAACCCCGGCAGUGGGGGAAGCUAGGCCAUUAAACCAGGCCAUGCCACAAAAGGCUCCUGCUGCUCCGGCAGCCGAGCAAUUAUGCAGAAACCUGAACAACAGAUCCUUCAGAGGAAAACUAAUGAACAGUAAGAAACUGUCCUCCAACUGUUUCAAGGGUGAGGCCUAUUCAUCUCCCGAGACAUUGCAGCACAGUGGCGGCGGCAUGGCUGCGAGCGGCAUCGGCCUGCUGCCCAAGAAGAGGAACAGAAAAGGCAAAGCGGCAGCCUUCCAAGCCGCCAAAAAUAGCUUGGACAAGUGCCCUCACCUGAGCCCCGCUCUCUUUCUCGCGUCCAGGGAGAAGGCGGCGGCGGCAGCAGCGGCGGCAGGGAAAGUGGAAGAGGCACAAAGGGAGGGGAAGAAACCAAAGGCUGAAGACAAAGGCUUCAGCCACGCCGAGAGCUCUGAGGGAAGGUCCUCCUCGCAGGCACAAACCAGGGCGCAGAAGCAGAGAGUCAACCAUUCCAACUACAACGGCUACACGAAGAGACAAAGGAAGCGGCUCAACCGCCGAAAGGCCAAGAGCGUGCCGUCCAGGUGCAAGAGCAGGGCGAAGAGGCGGCACCAGCAGCAGACGCCCCUGCUCAGCCCCGCCGAGCCCGAAAUCCGGCUCAAGUACGUGUCUUGCAAGCGCCUGCGGGCGGAUAGCCGGGCACCCCCUUUCUCCCCGUACGUCCAGGUGGAGAAGCGCGGCGAGUUCGUCACCGCCUGCACCGUGGUCAAUUUCCCGGCGGAAGAGGCCAAGCUCCACAACGAGCAGCGUUCUUCGGCGUCCGCUCAGGGCAGGCUUUGGGGGAGUGCUGCCCUGCAGCCCCGGGCAAGCCUACCUCUUUCGUCCACAAUGCACCUGGGCCCGGUGGUCUCCAAGGCCCUCAACGCCACCUGCCUGGUCUGCUGCUUGUGCCGGAAUCCGGCCAAUUACAAAGACCAGGGGGACCUCUGCGGGCCGUACUACCCGGAGGACUGCCUGCCCAAAAAGAAGUCGAGGCUGAAAGAGAAGAUCAAAGCGGAGGGGCUGAGUGAGGAGCCGCCCUCGCCUUCUGUGGCAGAGAGGCUGCUCAAAGCAACAGAUAACAAUUGUGCAACCAGUACGUUCGGUGGAAAGCCGCCAAGGUUGGACAGUGGCGCUGACUCAGCGAAACAGAGCGCGCUCCGCUCCAGUUCGAGGGGGAUGUUUAGGAAACUACAAAGCUGUUACUGCUGUGAUGAGAGGACAGAGGGAGAGGAGGCGGCAGCGGCGGCGGCGGCGGCAGCAGCUGAGAAGCCCAGGAGGCACGAAUGCGGCAAAGCCGAGUCGCCACCACCAGAGCCCGUCGGAGAGACGCAGGAGCACUGGGUUCAUGAGGCCUGUGCUGUAUGGACAGCUGGGGUUUACCUGAUAGCAGGGAAGCUGUAUGGACUGCAGGAGGCAAUAAAGAUGGCCGCCAGUGUGAGAUGCUCAAGUUGUCAGCAAGUAGGAGCAACCAUCAGCUGCUGUCAUAAGGGGUGUGCCCAAACUUUCCACUACACAUGUGCCAUUGAUACAGGUUGCUUGUUAACCGAAGAGACCUUCUCACUGAACUGUCCCAAACACAAGAAACAGCCAUUAUAAUCCAUCCACGGAAAAGGAAAGCUGUUGCCUCCACAAAGCCAGAGCCUGGGCGGGGAGGGGCGCAGUGCAUUUCGGCCUCUCGGGAAGCAGCUGCAGCCAAGGAAAACUCCAGACGGGAGAGGCAAAGAGAAUGUAACCCAGCUCCCUCCCCCCUCGGCCUUCCUUUGCAAUACUACUCCUAGGGGAUGCUGGCAGACCUGACCCUGGUUCCGGUUCCUGCUCUCGUUGACACAGGCCGCUGAAGUACCAAGCAGGGGCGGACCAAGAAGGGCACGGAACUCCCAGUCCAGUCCUGCUUCUCUUCCUCUUCCUCACCAGCUCCCGGGAGCCCUGAUCCAUCUCAUGGCAGGCGAGCUCAGAACUCGGGUUCCAGCUUCCGUUUCCCACCUCCUCCUCCUCUGGAACUUGUCCGAGAGCCCUUGCAAGUCGGCGCCCCAAGUAAAGACACCAACCCAAUUCCAGGUUUUCCGCCUAAGAGAAACUCCAGGCCCAGGUUUUUAUUCCUCCCGUCUCCCCCCUCCUGCCUCUCACUAAGGAGCUGUAACCAAUACUGAUAAGCUAACAUCUUUCACCUGGGACACGGCUGCUGACAAAACCUGGCCUAGAGUCCAUAUUUCAGUGCUUCUUGCAGUGAACUCGGAGGAUAUACCCCCUGACUUUGAAACUGACAUCCUUUGGCCAGAUUUUAUGGGAAGGCACGUGGCCAACACAUCCAAAAGCCCAGUCCCGACGGCACCAGCCGCAGUAACAUUUCCGAACUCUCUUUCUCUGCACUGGAGAGGCGAGGGCAGGUUGGGGUGAGGCCACAGAGGUUGUAGCAGAGAGAAGGAGGCAGCGUACCAGCGUUCUCCGCCGAAAUGGUCUUUCUCUCAAAAUGCCAGACUCUGAGAGCUCUCCAGCCCUCUUUUCUUUUUUCUGAUCUGAUCUAUUUUUGCCUUCAGCAAACCUCAUGGUGCGUGUGCGUGUAUGUGUGUUUCUGUAUAUAUAUGUGCUCCGCGUGUAAAAAGAAGCGCCCCGACGUUUUUGAAACAAUGCCAUGUUGCUUUGGUUUGUUUGCUGGUUUGUUUUGCUUUUGUCGCCCCCACCCCACCCGCCGCCAUAUUUGCCGUCUUCCUCUCCCAGGUCUGACCCACACCUACCCCUCAUGCUCAGGCAGGAAAGCUGGUGUCCGGCCAAGCUGUGAUAAGGAGCUCGGGAGUAGAAAAGUCUUUGAGCCUCAUGGAAAGCAGAACUGUGUAAUUCCCUCUAGACUCGUCACCCACCUUCUCCGACAUCAAAAUUUCGAGGCGAAUUUCAGGCUGUCUGCUGAAAUUCGCGAAAUUUUGCCAGUGGGAGCUCCCUGCAUCCCUAAUCCAAUCCAUCUUUGUAGCCUUUUGGUUGGCCACUUACAGCAUGUCUAAUGAGCCCUUGGAAUCUUGGAGUGCAUCAACAUUACACUUGUCAACUAGCCCCAGCUGGGUUUGAUUAACCCCAUGGCAUGUUGGCAUUUCCUUCAAGUUGGGGGCAUUUUUGUCUAGUUUAGCAGUGGGUGUUCACCGGGAGAAGCCCUUCCUGUACUGACUCCCAGGGCACACUGAGCUGGGUGCACUUGCUUCAAUACGAUGUUUUCCGUGUGCUACACAAACCACCACAAGCCAAAAUGUGGGUGAGUGGCAGGUGUACCCAAGAGCUGAAUUUAGCUGUAGAGCAACAGGUACUGGUUACGACUGGCAUGGCAACUCAAUACAGGGAGGGUUUUGUUUUUCCCAUCCGUACUGCAUGGUAGAACCAUAAUUCCAUGUACCCAGUCCUUAGAAGCAGGGUUGGUUCUGCAUUCCUCUCGAGGAACAGUGUUGCCAUCCAAAGGAAUGACUCCCAAAACACAGCCGCCAGUGGAGAGCUGGUCUUAUGGUAACAAGCAUGAAUUGUCCCCUUUGCUAAGCAGGGCCCCACCAUGCAUAGGUGUUGUGGGGGGGCAUCCCCCCCAGCUCCUGGGCCCUUGAAUCCCCUUAAUAUUAAUCUUCCAGUUAGAACAACUCUUGCUAACGCACCAUGGUUUCAGUCACCUACGUAAGUUGCUCCUUGAGGGACCAGAAAUUCCCAGAGGGGGAAAGCGGCAGAAAAGCAAAGCAGAUGGGGAGGUUUUAGCCCCGCCUCCAUCUCCCUUUUUGUGCUAAGCAAAGGGCAGCUGGAUUUUGGGAACCACACAGGUUUACAAGGAUUUCCCUUGUAUAGCUGUUGAAUUUCACCCAAGUGACUGAGGUGGUAUGUCCUUAAAAGAAUCGGCGGGGUGAACGGUCUCUGGCAUCCUUCCCAGAUGCACCAAACUUCACUGGUCUCUUCACUAGGAGGGGAAAUCUGAGACUACUCAGAUACUGACACAUGAAUGUCCUUUUUGCUGGCCCUUAGAGCCUUGUCACUAGCCCCUACUGAGUACGGUCAUAUGACAUCAUCUCUGGUGAUACCCAUAGUGUGGGGGUCCUCAAACUUGGGUCCCUAGAUAUUGUUGGACUAUAACUUCCAAGGGCCUUUGGCUAUUGUGGUCGGGGAUGAUGGAAGCCAUAGUCCAAUAUCAUCUCACUUUGACUGUUGCAACCUUCACCUCUCUGGUUUUUGGUUCUCACAACUUCAUCCCCUUGCCUGUAUUCAGAAGUGGGCUGCCAAAAGCAUUCAUCUCCCUUGUUGCUCUGCCCACAGGACACCUCUCCUGAAAUCUCUAUAUGGCAGACAGGGCUAUCCUUAGAGAGCCCUGGCAGGGUAUAAGGCCCGGGCAACUCAGUCAGUAUACAGCCCCCUUCCAGAUAAUUUUAGUGGAGUGGGGCCUGGGGCAGUUGCCCUGCUUGCCCUGCCCUAAGGACAGCCCUCACUGCAGGGAUUCGCAAAUUUGGGUUCCCAAUUGGACUAUUAACUCCCAAAGGCCUUUGGCCAUUGUGGCUGGGGAUGAUGGGAGCUGUAGUCCAACAACAUGUGGGGACUCAAGUUUGAGAACCCUACCGUAGUGUGUUUGCUGUUUUCUUGGUUCAGCACUUUGAAGACAGAGGUGUGGGCAGCAGUACCUAAAAUUAAAAAAUAAAGAGGGAGGGAUACUGAUUUGACAUGGUAUCAUGCACACCCUUCCCCUGCAUGGACUAUAGAAAGCCUGUGGCUCUCCAACUCUGCUACAGAACUUAGGGACAAAUGCUGUAGGAGCUGAGCAUGGUUCUCACACACUGAAAUCCAUCUCCAAUACACCAGAGGCCAGCAAUAUCUCCCAUGCAGCCAUUUGCUCUUAGGACACUGGGGAGUCACCUAAACCAAAGGUAUUUUGAGACACGUUUCUUGCUGUUUUGUUUUUAAAUCAACACUGAAUUCGGGGUUUCAAGGAGCUGUCCCGGAGAAGCAAGUGGAGAUUGGUUCAAUAUGUUGACCACUCUGGAAUGGAUCUGAGUAGAAGGUCCAAGGUGACCUCUCUUGUAAGCAAUUGGGCAUGGAAAUGAACCCCUACCGAAUAAAUUUUAAGAACCUUAAUUGUAUAGAAUGUAUAGAGGUUUCAGGACUCCCAUUUGAGAAGAUGAACCCCUGCCUCCCAUGCACUGCUCUCCAAAUUGCUGAUGUGACGGGGCAACUUUUCCUUUUCUGGGUCGGUCGCUUUCUGUUGCCCAGUGUUCAAAAGCAACCAUGCCAAAUCCUGCCCAUGACCUGUCUGUUCAUGGUCCUCUGUGCGCUCCACCGCCGUCAUCACUCCACUUGCCAUCUCGCCCAACGGCUUGCCCCUCAAGGUCUGCUGGCCACGAAACAGCCGUUUCAGAAGCACACCUUAGGAGGCCAGCUCGAGAAGCGCUCCUCUCCGCGGCCUUCCAGUUGCCCGCGGCCGUCUUUGACUGGCAUCUUGUACAUAAUGACUGUAAAAUGGCGAAUCGUGUGUAUGAUAUAUUGACUCAUUCUAUAGUGUAUAUAUAUGUAUACAUAUACAUAUAUAUAUAAUAUAUACGAAAGACUGUAAAUGUUAAAACUAGUGUUCUUAUUUAGUAUAAUGCUUCACACUGAAGAUUGUGUGUAACAAGCUGUUUCUAAAAGAAGUUUAUUUUCCUUAAGAGUUAAAAAAAAAGAGAGAAAAGAAAAAAAAUCAGGUCAUUGCAUUCAAAAACAUCAAUAAAGAUUCAACAAUUGUUUUGGA